CCACGGUGCUAGCCGGAGACAACUCGCUCACGCAUGGGACCGCCGCGACAGGGCGGCGCGACGGCGUUCGCCCAGCAGGGUGAAACCGAAAGACGGAAAGAGAAGACGGAGCACGGUACACGGGGGUGGUGGGCAAGCAAGAAGGGCGGCCAGGAGCUUCAGGAGCCGGCACCGCCGGCGAACGAAAGGGGCUGCAAGUCGGCCGCGGCGGCGUGGAUGUCCCUGCUGUCGCUCUGUGACCGGAUGUGCGGCACAGCCGCGUGGCUCGUCCCGGUCACAUGCCUUCGCGGGGAGGGCCGGGGGGAAGUGACAGACAUAAGCGCAAGUCCUGGAAGGCAGGCACCUGCCAACCAGUUGCGCCCCAAGGAACCACCCCCCAUGGUUAUUCAAGGAGACUUCAGGAAGGUGAGCGGGAUCAGUACAGAGAUCUUCAAGCAGAUCGAGACUGUCGAAAACGAUCAUGACGCUUCGACAGCGGCGGCCCUCGAAGCUGUCGAGCGGAGAGGCGAGAUGGUCGUGCGUGUCAUUGAGCCUCGGCAAAUGGGUAGACAGGCUUCCGAGGCGGCGAAAAAAUUUAUUGCUAUGCAGGAUCCCAAGCACCCUAUCCACUUCGUCGAGAUAAUCAAACGACCGGGACAGACCCUCGGCCUCUACAUACGCGAGGGCAACGGCGUCGACAGGAACGACGGGGUCUUUAUCUCUAGGAUAGCUCUGGAGACCGCCGUCUACAACAGCGGCUGCUUGAAGGUGGGCGAUGAAAUCUUGGCGGUGAACCUGGUCGACGUGACGCACAUGAGCCUGGACGAUGUCGUGAUCAUCAUGUCGAUACCGAGGCGACUCGUCCUGGCCACGAGGCACGGUCCGCAUCAACUGAUCUCACACAGCCGCCAGACCGAGCACAAGGCACCACCCGUGGUGGUUAUCAAACGGGAGCUGAAUGAGGACGAGACCGAUCACACGACGAGUAACCACGUCAGGGAUGGCAGUAGUCGAAGACGAGGCGACGGGCGGGAGAUGUUGCCGUCACGAUCGAGACUGGGCCUCACGGGUUUGGGAUCGAGUCAGGAUCUUGGAUCGAGCAAUGGAGAUCUGUACUACAAUUCACGGCCGGAAGGUCACUGGUCCUAUCAGCCACCACCGCCGCCAGUUAUUACGCAUCAGCCGAAACCCUCAUCGACGCAACAUUUCCAGCCAUACGAGCGCGGUUAUCCGAAGACUUUAGAGAGCUUAGCUGAAAAAGAUUUUACAAAGGUACACCCCUUCUACACGGGGCCCAUGAUGCCCUCGUCGAAUGGCGGACGGCGUAUGUCAACGGGUGGCGGAAUGCAAUCAGUCGGUGGCAGGUUGUCGGGUCAAACCACCCAGUCGACCCAUUACGGGUAUGGCCAGCACACCGGAAGCGGAAGGAUCAUGCCAAGAAGUGGUUCCGACCAGCACCUACCCCGAGUCGAUUAUACGAGUAUCACGACGCCGGCGCGACAUACCCUUCUUAGAUCCAGCUUGAAGUCAGGUACAUCAGCAUUACGUUACAACACGAGGUACGGACAGACUGACGUAACGUCCGCCGCGCAGAGACAAGCACAAUUCGGCACAUUAACGAGGCGACACCGACCAUCAUUGGACUAUGCCUCCGAUACCGAGGCCACGUGCUCCAGUUCACCGAAAUCAGCGUAUUACUAUUAUAGGCACAACAUGAACAAUCCACCUCAAAGUAGCGUCGUAUCGCACUUAGCUACUCUUUCGAGGUCGCAAAUCGGUCAGAGUUCCUCGGGUUUAAGGUCAAACUCGCUACCACGAAGCGGUCGGACGUUGCCCCAGCAGCCUGGUGGUCUCAGGUCAGGCCUCAGUACAGUUGCAUCGGGCUUGAUCGAUCAAGAGGACAGCGAUGGCGCUUUGUCGGCGCCAGAAUUGCCUUCCAUCAGACGAGACAGAGGCAGAAUACCGUCCUCGCCGAGUGUAUUCACGUCGGACGAGUAUCGCGCCUGGAUGAGUCGCACGCCGAGUACCAGCGCUUUGUAUGAGCAGAUUAGGGCAACCACAAGUAGACCACCCCGCUACACAUAUAGUGCGGAGAACAUUCACGCGGCCGUCAAUCAGGGUGACUACGGCAGCUACGGUGCGUACAGACCACUCUCGAGUACGCUCGACCGCUUGUCGACGAGAUCAGCGUCAGCCCAACAAGUGAACCUCGCGAAUCUAAGAGCGUCGACGGCAAUCAGCUCAACGUGUCAUCGUGGUACAACGAAUCCGAGGCCAGCCUCGGUGGCGUCGAGUGCACGCUCGUCGCUGGCUACCCAGAAACCGUCGUUGACCAGCUCCGCGAGCCAGCGAGCGUCCUCGGUCAGGAGGAUUAGGAACCUGUUGGACCUGGAGUCCACGAGGAGCAUACCUACCCCAACGCCUACCAGAACUCAGGGUCAAAUACUGCUAGAUAUUAAUCCUGCAGAGUUCCUCAAGUAUAAAAUAGAGAAGCCGCCGACCGUAGGCACUCCGAGCUCGACGAGCUCGCUUUUGAGUUCACUCGGGGAGACGACCGGUGGCGAUCUGGCAAGCGGGGUCAGCGGAUUGUUGUCGGUCCACCUUUUGGCGGGACGCGGUCUUCGAUCGACUACGACUUCAUCGGCCGCCACUACACCUUCCACUCCCUCGGGUCAACCGAACUUAGCUAGUUGUGGUCUGAGGGACUUGUACUGCGUACUAGAGUGCGACAGGGUGCACAAAGCGCGGACGGUAGUGCGAACAGGCGAUUUGAUGUUUGACUGGGACGAGACCUUCGAGCUGGACCUCGUAGGCAAUCGGCAGCUGGAUCUGCUCGUUUAUUCUUGGGACCCACAGUACAGGCAUAAACUAUGUUACAAGGGAUCGGUGCAUUUGGCGAGUCUGCUGAAGGAGUCGCCGGAGCAUCAGCUGGCUGUCAAAGUUGAACCACGUGGCACAAUCUACUUAAAACUACGAUAUACCGAUGCCCAGCAAACUUUCCGUCGAAGGGGUUUGCCGGUCAUAUCUUUAGCUACGAGGGUGGCACCUCUCUUCGGGGUUGAUUUGGAUACAGUGGUAAGUCGAGAAACCAAAACUGGCGGAGUGCCCGGUGGGGUUUCCACGGCUUUGGCGAUGGGAAUGUCGAACGUUCCGAUUAUCGUGUGGCGUUGCGUCGAGGAGGUGGAGAGAAGGGGACUCGACAUCAUCGGUUUGUACAGACUCUGCGGUUCGGCGACUAAGAAGAGGAUACUUAGGGAAGCUUUCGAGAGGAACGCACGGUCCGUGAAUCUGUCGCCCGACAACGUGCCGGACAUCAAUGUCAUCACUGGCGUGCUGAAGGAUUAUUUGCGAGAACUUCCAGAACCUCUCUUCACCAAGUGCCUCUACCAGAUGAUGAUCGACGCACUGGCCGUCUGUUUGCCGGAUGACCCGCAGGGCAACGCUAAGCUCAUGUUCAGUAUACUAGAUUGUCUGCCUAAGGUCAAUAGGUGCACGUUGAUCUACUUGCUGGAUCACCUGGCGAUGGUAGUGUCGCAGUGCAACAAGAUGUCACCAGCAAGCCUCGCCGUAUGUUUCGGCCCGGUAUUGAUGUUACAUUCGGAAGAGGGUGGACCUCCGAUGGACUUCCAACAACCCAUCGCCGUGCUCAAGUAUCUGCUGGAGAUAUGGCCAGUAAAGUCAGUUCGGAAGACUUCUUCAGUCGGUUCAACACUUCCUCGAGUUACGCCAGUAGUCGAGCGCAGCAGCAGUCAGCAGCAUCUGCAGCAAGUGCAGCAGCAACAGUUACAGGGAACAUUGGGACGCACAGGGCUGCCGCCUUGGCAGCAGCCACCCUCACUUCAUCAUCAACCCCAAACUACGGCAGCCGCAGUCCUCGGGCCCUCCAUUCGUCCUCCACCACCGGUCAAGCCUCGACAGGUGAUAGUCUCGUCUCCCGGUUCACCUAGCAGCGAGGAAUCAGAGGCCUCGCCGGAACCGAUUAACAAGAGCCUCCUGGGUGGCCUCGGAUAUGAGAAAUGCAACGAGACAACGACGACGAUCACGACGACGACGUCGAGCAUGUCGGGCGGGAUCGGUAUCGGUAUGGGCGUCGGCGUCGGCGUGGGCACCGGCAUCGAACAGGUGACGCCGACGAGCAGCGUCGAUACUGAGGAGGGCAAUCCCCAGCAUCCCGAGGAGGGCGAGAAAGGCGUCGAGGGCGACGUCGAGGCCAGCGACGACGAUUGGCACCAGCGUAUACCCAAGACGCAUUAACCGCGACCAGCCGCGGUGAGUAACGAGGGGAAGCUACGAGGGCGACUACUCCUCAACGAUCAACGACAUCGAGGAGAUUGAGGACUGCUUCGUGACUUUGUACGCGAGGCUUCGUCCGAGCGGAUCUGAUAUCGAAAACGGAAUUGCGCGGUAUUUAGUCGUUUGGUUCAACCACGAAUACCGAUCAUUCGGUACUGAGCAUUGAAUAUUACUCCUUGAGUACUGAUACUCGUUAAGUACUAGUCAUUUAAUUGAUCAGGGCUAAUUCCGUUUAGUUCUGAACAAGAGCUAGAGGAGGAGAGGCGUGUUAGGACGAGAGUCUUCUCGGCGUGCGUUGCACGGUGCUGAUGCUCGGGUGUCGGUUCAUGGGAAUUCCUUGUCGCACACACCGAUCGCGAUCGAUCGGUUUUAGUCAAUUGUGUUGGGCAUGUUUGCUCGGGAGAAGGAUUUGUUAAAGUUGAACGGAGCGAACACAGGUGAGGAGGCGAGCGAAAAGCUGAUCGAGUGGCUCGGUCAGUGUUACCAUGUUAUGUCGAAGAGCCGCUGCGAGAUUGAGAGUAGAUAGUAGACCCAGAAUGUUUCGGUUUAUCGUCCUUUGAUCAAAAUUGUUGAGUUUCGUGGAAAAGGAUAUGAGAUGUAUACAGUUACACGUACACGUAUAAAGUUAAAUAUGUAGCCAUAAGACGGUAGCACUACCGAAGUGGUCGAGCGAAUAAAUAAUUUUUUAUCAAGAGGAGACAGAUCGAUGGAAGUUAAUAUAUAUCGGGAUUUCCGUUCUGCAACGAAACUCGAACCAAAGUGACGAAACAGGUGCAGAAGACGGUUUUCACUGCGUUGGGAGGCGAAGUCGUUGCUGGAAGAGCAACUUCAACGAGCGUCUGGUCCUCUGUACGUUACAGGAAUUUUCCCUACUUAUUCGUUUCCGAUCUUCUGAAUCAUGAUCUCUCAAAGCGAAUGGUGAAUCGCGAAUAGACGGAUAAAUCACGUCACACCUUGCCCUCGACGCUCUUUUCGGGAAGAUCACAUAAAGAUAGGGAAGAAAGAGGAGGAAAAGGAGAUGAAAGAGAAAAAGGAAAGAAAGAGACGGAGUUGUCUCUGCGCAUCAUCACGACCGUCAUCGUCGGCGUUAUUACAUGACACGAGAACUUGCGUGAACAUUACGAGCGAGCGAGCGAACGAGCCGAUCAACAAGGAGGGAGGCGCGCACGUGGCAUACAUAAUAAUCAGUUUAUAUGCGAUAUACCAUAUAUACAUAUUAUAUAUACAUAUGUAGACUAGUCACGAUAUUACGUGUGCUUUUGAUAAAAAACUAUUACUUGUAGCGUUAGCUAGUCCUCGUAUACAGGAACAACAAACAAAAAUGAGAUACAUGAACAAACAAAUCGACGAACAAACAAACAAAUAAACUAACAAACAAACAAAACAACUAACUAGACGAUAUACAUAAUAUACAUAAAGAUACGUAUACAUAUGUUGAACGAGUAGGGGGGGAGAACGUGAGGACACGGCGGCGUUUCUACAUGUCGACAAUAGGGCACCCAGGCGGAAUCGUUUGAACGUGUUUGUGUCAAAGAGGGUAGAUAUUGUACCGGUGUAAUCAACUGGCUAUUGCAUCAAUACCGGUUCAAUCGAUUGUUCAAGAUCGGGUCGCGGGAGAGGAAGAGUGGUGAUGGAUGAAGAAGAGAACUGCCGCGGGAGGAACUGACCGAAAACGAUAAUAAUUACAAGUAAACAAAGAAACGCUACGAUUAAUAAACUAUACUUUUAAAGAGAGAACGUAAGAAAAAUGAGUAAAAAUAGCCAGUAUUAUUAUACGUCUAAACCUGUAAAACAAUGUGCGUGCGCGUGAAGGAGAGCAAGGGGAGAAAGUAAGAAAGUAUGAAAAAUAAAGAAGAAGCAUGAACGAGAGAAUGAGAGAGCGGGAGAGGAAGAGAGGGAGAGAAAGAAGAAGAACGUGCGUGCGAGUAGUCUAACAAAAAGUAAAAACGAACGAUUAAAGAGGGUGGGGCGGGGAAAUUAAGGGGGUGAGCAGCGUUGAAUAUUGAAACGCAACCGUCGCCGUAGUGGUGAACGAUCAAGCGACGACGACAAUGCGCACCACGCAUUCGGAACGGAGCCAUGAGCCACGGUCGUCAUCAAAUCUUCAUACACACAUGUCCGCUACAUUGUUACCGCCACAUUGGCAUCUUGCUCGUGGCUCGCGUUCGCGAGCGAAAAAAAAAGAGAAAAAGUGAAAGAAAAUUGCAAAAAUGGGAAGCACUGUAAUCUAUAUAAAUACACACACACACAUACAUAACAGAGAGACACUUACAGGUAUAAAAUAGACACAUACAUCCGUACUCUCUUCUUUCCGCACAGUUAGCGUUACCGCGCGGGGUACUCGAGGGUAUUAGCACGAAAGGGGGUAGAUUUGGGGAUAGGAGGGAUGGAGAGACGUUUUAACUGAAGUAGCCGCGAAACUGACUAAUUGUAUAGCUGAAUAUAAUGUGUAUAUAUAUAUAUAUAUGCAUACAUAUAUAUACGAGUCGCUGUACCCAAUUCCAAACUGUAUCCAGCCCCAGACCGUCGUGUGAUUGUUGUUCGAUGUGCGUGCGCGAGCGAACGCCGGGUACCGUGGUGUUCCCAUUCUGUCUUUCUUCCCCGCGAAUUUUCAGAGAUAGAUCUCUGCCAAAGACAGCCAAAGAUCGCCAAAGAUAGACAAAGACACCCUCCUUGACAAAACGGAACGCGCGAGCGAGCUCGUGAGCCUCGCGCAGCUUUCUUUCUUGGCUUUUCUGCUCGAGCAGCAUCCACCUGAGAACUAAACCUAUUUGCGUGUUGUAUCACAAACUGUCGGAUUCUUCCAGUUGUAGAUCGUGAUAGUUCCUAUUGUCUUUGUCUACUUGCUUGUAGAGGAAUUGAAUAACGUUAGAUGAAACACAAGAGAAACACCCGAGAAUCUUUCAAAUUUAUAAUUACUGUCGUCUUGCGUUCUUAGUUUCGCGGAGAAUGAUGAAUACGUUAUUUCAAAUAAUUACAUCCCUAUUUUCAAUAAAUAAUCUUUUAUGUUGCAUCCAUUUUAGAAUUCGCACUCUACGAUGUGUAGAUUUAUCAAUAUGAUAUACAUCUUGGCUUUUUAAUACGAUCAACUAAGUGUAACUUAUCAUGAUACGGACACAAAAACGGUAUCCAGCGUUUCUCGCCGUCCUGAUUCUAGUAAUAGAUCGAUUGUAUGUCAGAGAAAGAGAGAAUGAGGGAAAAAGAAAGAGAGAGAGCGUGUGUAUGUGUGUAUGUAUGUGAGAACAUGAUUAAUUAUUAUACGUGAAAGCACACUGCCGCAAUUUUAUAAUUGACUGUUGUUAUACCUGUAUCUACGUACGUACAUAUUAAUACAUAUACAUGUAUAUAUACUAUAUUAAUUGAGACUUAACAAGCCGCGAUACGUGUCGAUCGCAAGGAGUCCAGGAUAUGGCCAGUAAGUUAGUCCACACGUUAGUUUCUUCCGUUAACACGGGUCCUUCGUCCGAAAUCGCAAAUUGGAAUCCUUCGAUGAAACUUGCAUUUGGCCACUGUCGAAUUCCGCAAGCUGGAAAGAUCGUCGUGAGACGGCACGUUUCCACGUUCCCACAGAAACAGAAAGAGAAACGAACAUUCACCGAGUACUUUUGAGUAAUCAUUUUUGAAUCUAUCAGAGGUGUAAGUGUCCAGUAACGUUUGGUUUUCUGGAUUUCACAAGAUAUUUCCAUAUGUAAAAGCAUCCAAGAAGGUUUAACAUUACUGAACAUAUUGAUGAACAAUCAUUGAAUAUCUAUCGGAUUAUAUAAAUUUACGAAUAUCAAAAUUGCUCUUAUCUCUGAAGCUCUUAUCUCGAUUGAAGCGUGUGAUUCUUCGUAAACUUUCCCUGGAUGAGGGAAAACGUGGCAAAUGUGGCCGGCAGGGGAUCGGCAGUAUGAUGGUAGCUCGUUAGAGGAUCUGACUCGUCGGGACCGUCGCCCGUCCCGCAUUUGCGAUAAUCCGGUAGUAAUCUUUCAGAGAGUAGCCCUCUUCACACGCCAUAGACUGGAUAUAACGCGAGAGUCCUUCGAGAGUCUCCGUAUCGCUCAUGAAGGAUAAACCCCUUGGUCGAACUCGUUGAGCUGAGUGAAGAAGAGCAGGAUCGACCGACAGACAGCAGCAGUUCGCGCUCUCGACUUUUCCACUGUUGAGAUCCCCACACUUUUCAUUAAACAUUUUCUUUUUCCGCCGUAUUUCUUCCUUUAGUACCAAGAGACAUCGCAGCAAGAGAGGAAACGGAGAGCACUCUGAUCGCGCACUAUUAAUCUGCCGCGAUGUACUAUGCUCGAUGUUAGUCUCUCGUUACGGAUUCAGACAAUCCAAGGUUGAUGGGCAUGAAGAGAAACUAAAGGAUUUUGAGAAAAUUAGACAGGCGGAAAAGAUAUGCAUCAUGAAAUUCACGGGGAAAUAGAGAAGAGUCAGCGGAGAACGCUCGAGAGGCACGUUACAAAUCUUCUUGGGACUUGCUCACAAUUGCAAGGGGAUGACUGAAGUAUCGAAAAGUCGAAGGGGAAUGUGUACACGCAGAAACGUACACAGUGGAUGAGCAAGGGGCGUAAUGUCGAUAUACAAAUAUAAUUUUUUAACGCUCGCAUUACCUGAAUUCUCUCGUGCGAUUUUAUUGAUAUUGAUCGAUUAAUUAUCAUUACUUGGAAUUCGCGUUUAAUGUAGAUCCAGGGGUUUGUAUCCUCGAUUUUCAAGUUCAUUGCAUGGUCUUUGUAGAAGUGAAAAUUUGCAGGAGAAAGUUUGAUAUUAGAGACUUUUUUCCUUUUUAAACAAAUAUAAUUUAGAUUUUUUUUGUUUUAACUAAAAUCUCUCUCUGACAUUGUACCUCUAAGAAGGUUUGAAGCAUAUCUAAUAGAAUAAUGAGAAGACUACAUUUCAUAUUUAUUGUUAUUAGAAUUUAUUUGGGGCCACUAAUUUACAACUGGGUUAAUUCAUAUUUUUAUACACAGUGCAAGAGUCCUUGGCUAAACAAACUAAUAUAAGGGACUAUUAAGAGCGCACAAAACCCACACAUUUUUAACUUGAUAAUACACCAUCGGUACUGCGUAUUCCGUUUAUAUAUUAUAUAACUUCACGCAACUUUAAUAAUUACAUUAUAAGAAAUUCUCGAGCGUUGAUACAAGUCGUGAAUACAAGUCUAUUGGAUCUUCGAGAGUCUUAGCACUAACAUAUAAAUAUACAUACAAUGGACCACGUUUGUCGUACUGAAACGUUUCUAAAAAAAAAA